GGGGAGAAAAAGGUGCAUUAAUAAUUAAUAAUUUGAGUUAAAGAGGAUUCCCUGAACCCAAAGAGAAGGAGAGUAGUGGAAUUACGAAACUAACCCAACCGAGAGAGAAGAAGAAGAAGAGAAGAGAAGAGAAAGUGAAAAGAAUGAAACCUCCCUCACAGCUCACACUUUGAUAGCACAGAAGAGACAUUUGAUCUACACGCUCCAAACCUUGCUCACCACAACUCUCCAAUUUUAGUUGAGAGUGGUGCCCAGUUCUUAUCCAUCCCCAAAUCAAUACAAAAAUCACUCAACACACAAACACAAACCCAAUCACAAACACAAACAAAUCUCUUUCUCUCUCCCAAUUAAAUCCACUCCCACCACCAUGCCCGGUCUCGUAUCCGUAAAAACCCCACCGGACGCUCCGCCGCUCCGAAUCUCCUUACCCGAUACCCCAACGGAGAGAUCCGAAUCCGCUAACAUCAAAACCCCAUCGCCACUCCCCAAAAAACCACCCUCUCCAUCCCCUUCUCGCUCCAAAAAAAAGACUCCAGAAACCCCUCCCAACCAAGAUGCCUCACUCGACAACCCCGAUCUCGGCCCAUUCCUUCUUAAAUUGGCCCGUGACACUAUCGCCUCUGGUGAUGGGCCCGCUAAGGCCCUCGACUACGCCAUCCGGGCCUCCAAGUCCUUCGAGCGCUGUGCCGUUGAAGGCGAGCCCAGCUUGGACCUCGCCAUGAGCCUCCACGUUCUCGCCGCCAUCUACUGCAGCCUUGGCAGGUUCGAAGAAGCCGUUCCCGUUCUCGAACGCGCGAUCCACGUUCCUGACGUGGCAAGAGGUGCAGAUCACGCGCUCGCCGCUUUCUCUGGCUACAUGCAAUUAGGCGACACCUUCUCCAUGCUCGGUCAAGUUGACAGAUCCAUCUCUUGCUAUGACCAGGGCCUUCAGAUUCAGAUCCAAGCCCUCGGCGAUAUCGAUCCUAGAGUCGGCGAAACUUGCAGAUAUUUGGCUGAAGCGAAUGUGCAAGCGAUGCAGUUUGAUAAAGCGGAGGAGUUGUGCAAGAAGACUCUGGAGAUUCAUCGUGCGCACAGUGAACCUGCUUCUCUUGAAGAAGCUGCUGAUAGGAGGCUCAUGGCGCUUAUUUGCGAGGCGAAAGGAGAUUAUGAAUCGGCGCUUGAGCAUCUUGUGCUCGCUAGCAUGGCUAUGAUUGCGAAUGGUCAAGAUAAUGAGGUUGCGUCGAUUGAUGUUAGCAUUGGGAAUAUUUACAUGUCGCUUUGUCGUUUUGAUGAGGCUAUUUUUUCGUAUCAGAAGGCGCUUACUGUUUUCAAAUCUUCCAAGGGCGAAAAUCACCCUUCCGUUGCGUCUGUUUUUGUGCGUCUUGCUGAUUUAUAUCACAGGACUGGGAAGCUUCGUGAGUCCAAGUCGUAUUGUGAAAAUGCACUUCGGAUUUACUCCAAGCCGGUGCCGGGAACUACCGCGGAAGAGAUUGCCGGCGGCUUGACAGAGGUAUCGGCUAUUUUUGAGUCUGUGGAUGAGCCGGAGGAGGCGCUGAAAUUGUUGAACAGGGCAAUGAAAUUGUUGGAGGAUAAGCCGGGGCAGCAGAGCACAAUUGCGGGGAUAGAAGCGCGAAUGGGAGUGAUGCAUUACAUGAUUGGGAGGUAUGAGGAGUCGAGAAACUCUUUUGAGAGUGCUGUGGCGAAACUCAGAGCAAGUGGGGAGAGGAAGAGUGCUUUCUUUGGUGUUGUGUUGAACCAGAUGGGAUUGGCCUGUGUUCAACUGUUCAAGAUAGAUGAGGCUGCUGAGUUGUUUGAAGAAGCUAGGGGAAUCCUUGAACAGGAGUGUGGCCCCUGUCAUCAGGAUACUCUUGGAGUGUACAGCAAUCUUGCAGCUACAUAUGAUGCUAUGGGAAGAGUGGGAGACGCGAUUGAAAUCUUAGAAUAUGUCCUUAAGUUGAGGGAAGAAAAGCUUGGAAUAGCAAAUCCUGAUUUUGAAGAUGAGAAGCGCCGGCUGGCCGAGCUUCUGAAAGAAGCAGGGAAGACAAGGGACAGAAAAGCGAAAUCUCUGGAAAACCUUAUUGAUCCCGGCUCAAAGAGGACAAAGAAGGAGGGGACUAAGAGGUGGCCUGGUUUGGGGUUUAGAAUUUAACCAUAUUUUUAUUCAUAUAUAUUGAAUGCACAUUCUGUAACAUAGGAUAUCUUGUAUAGGGUUGAAUAUGUAAUUUGGGAGCGAGCUUCCCGGUUUCUUGAUAUUUGUUCAUGCAUUUGUUUUUCUUGGUUAAUUGCUUUGUCAAUUGUGUUGUGACCUUCAAGUUGUACCACAGAAUUCCAUCUCCGUUUCCGGAAAAAUGUUGAAAGCAAAUUUUUAUUCGAGUGAGAAUAAAAUUCGAUGAGAUUGUGUUU